AUGGCGAUGCGGCUGGCGCUAGCCAUGCUGCUGGUGGCGGCGGUGGCGUCGCAGCUGCCGUCGGCGGCGGUGGCCGCCAACUACACGGUGGGCGACGAGAAGGGGUGGAACCCGGACGUGGACUACACGGCCUGGGUGAAGAAGCACAAGCCCUUCUACAAGGGAGACUGGCUCAGUAAGCUGCUGCUGCUUCUUCUUGUCGCUGUUGUGUCCACGGAUGCUUGGAUCCAUGGUCACAUAUAUAUCCAGCAAGCAUUGCUGACCACCAUGAUGCAUCGUCUGGUUGCAGUCUUCGAGUACCAGAACGGGCGGUCGGACGUGGUGCAGGUGGACGAGGUCGGGUACGACAACUGCGACAAGGCGAGCGCGCUGAGCAGCUACAGCAAGGGCCACACCUACGCCUUCCAGCUCAAGGAGGCCAAGGACUACUACUUCAUCUGCAGCUACGGCUACUGCUACAGCGGCAUGAAAGUCCACGUCACAGCCAAGUCGUCCGGCUCUUCCUCCUCCGGAUCCGGAUCCAGCUCCUCCUCCGGUGACGAUUCCUCCUCCUCUGAUGACUCCUCCUCCGGUGACUCGCCCUCGCCGCCCGCCAAGAAGUCCAAGGCCAAGUCCAGCGCCGCGCCGCCGCCGUCGCUCCUCGCCGCCACGCCCAUUGCCGCCGCCGCCGCCGCCGCUCUUCUCCUCAACAGGAUGCUCUGA